GUUAGACGCAAAUAAUAUCGACUAUAAUAAUGAUAUCAAUUCAUCAUCAUCGUCCUCCUCCUCAAAUUAUAGCCAAUAUCAUAUCUCUGAGUAUACUGAACAAAAUUUGUAUGACUGCUCAAUGGACUCAAUCGAUUUAAUCAUCGAAAAACACACCUUCUUAAUUGAACUAUUAAAAAUCUUUUAUAAAUUAUCAAUCUCAAACGUUAAUAAUCGUGUUAAUUAUAAUGAUCUCUCCAUUCAAAAUAAUAAAAAAUUACAGUCAAUCUUAGAAUCCUUGAAUUUAUCUCAAAAGACAAGAUUGAUCUCCGGCUUACUUAACAAAGAAUACCUUAAGUUAAGAUUUAAACUGAUUAUCAAUUCAGAUCCUAAUGACUCCAAAUCCACCACUUCCAUCAACAAAACUGCUUCGAAUAAAAACAACUCAAGAAUGCCUGAUAAUACCAAAUCUCACCCAGCAAAGAAACUCAGAAAGGCAAAAUCUGCUUAUCAAAUACCAAUAAAUUACUCUGAUAUUCCUGUUCAAGACAGCAAAUUCUACCCCCCAGAUUUUUCAAAUUCGCCUCUCAAAAGCCCCAAUUCUUCACCUUCAAACUCGCCAAUUAAUCCAAAGGUUCCAUUAACUCCUAAAAAAACUGUUACUUUUGAUAACGAUUCAAACAUAAAAUGCAGACCAUCUUACAGAACAUGGCCUCCAAUGAGUAAUUCUAAAAUUAACAAAUCAGGGACUGGUUUUGAAAACAUUACUCCAUUUCCUCAAUUCAGUUAUAAUACAACUCCUCCUCUAUCUUAUCAAAGAAGAUUUUAAUCAUUAAAACAAUCGAUUUUACUCAAACAGACUUUUAUAUCUCAUACUUAAU